AGAUGAAGGCGUCGAGCCCGCGGCCCUGCCGCCCCCGCGCCGCGGCGCAGGCCGGGACGACCGACGCCCGGGGGUCGGCGACAGGGAAAGCUUGGUGUCGGGGCGGGGCGGCGGGGCAAGUGCGGAACCGCGGUCUGGCCCCUCCCGCGGGGCCGCCCGGGGCGGGGACACGGCCGCCCGGGACGGGCCCUUGCUUUGGGCCUUUUCUUUCUCAGGGUCUGGGGGCGAACACUUUAAAAUCCACGGAGGAGCCCUUCCUGCAGGCGUGGAAACCAUGGUGCUCACGCUCGGAGAAAGUUGGCCAGUAUUGGUGGGGAAGCGAUUCCUCAGUCUGUCCGCAGCCGACGGCAGCGACGGCGGCCACGACAGCUGGGACGUGGAGCGCGUCGCCGAGUGGCCCUGGCUCUCUGGGACCAUUCGAGCCGUCUCCCACACCGACGUUACCAAGAAGGAUCUGAAGGUGUGUGUGGAGUUUGAUGGGGAAUCUUGGAGGAAGAGAAGAUGGAUAGAAGUCUACAGCCUUCUGAGGAGAGCAUUUUUAGUAGAGCAUAACUUGGUUUUGGCUGAACGAAAGUCUCCUGAAAUUUCUGAACGAGUUGUUCAGUGGCCUGCAAUAGUGUACAAGUCUCUGUUGGACAAAGCUGGUUUGGGAUCCAUAACCUCUAUUCGCUUUCUGGGAGAUCAGCAAAGAGUAUUUCUUUCUAAAGACCUCCUGAAGCCUAUACAGGAUGUAAACAAUCUUCGACUUUCCCUUAUGGAUAAUCAGAAUGUCAGUAAAGAAUUUCAAGCUUUGAUUGUGAAACAUUUGGAUGAAAGCCAUCUUUUACAAGGUGACAAAAACUUAGUUGGUUCAGAAGUAAAAAUUUAUAGCUUGGACCCAUCCACUCAGUGGUUUUCUGCAACCAUUGUAAAUGGAAACCCAGCAUCAAAAACUCUUCAAGUCAACUGUGAGGAGAUUCCAGCACUGAAAAUUGUCGAUCCAUCACUGAUUCAUGUUGAAGUUGUACACGAUAACUUUGGGACGUGUGGUAAUUCUACAAAAAUUGGAGCUGUAAAACGCAAGUCUUCUGAGAAUAAUGGAAGCCUAGUUUCCAAACAAGCAAAAUCUUGCUCUGAGGCCUCUCCCAGUGUGUGUCCUGUACAGUCUGUGCCCACAACAGUUUUUAAGGAGAUCCUGCUUGGCUGUACAGCAGCAACUCCACCUAGUAAGGACCCAAGGCAGCAGAGCACUCCUCAGGCUGCCAACUCUCCACCCAAUCUCGGAGCAAAAAUCCCCCAAGGAUGUCAGAAACAGAUUUUACCAGAAGAACUGUCUUCCUGUCUAAAUACAAAGCCUGAAAUACUGAGAACAAAACCAGAUGUUGUCUGCAAAGUAGGACUGCUGUCUUCAAAGUUCUCUCAGAUUGGAACUGGAGACGUAAAACCGCUUACUGAACCGAAAGGUAGCUGUACCCAGCUGAAGACUAGCACUGAUCAGGAAAACAAAUUGGAACCUGUUUCUCAGUCAUCGACUGGCCUUCCCAAGGAGUGCUCACCUGCAAAUUCUGCGACAGAAUUGGAAAUUGCCAGUACUCCUGAACUGCAGAAGCACCUAGAAUAUACACCUUCCACAUCUGAUGUCCUUUCAAAUAAGCCAGAAGAGAAAGCAAGUGUCAAUAGUAAUAGCUCUAAUAGUUGUGUGGGAAAAAAGAUAGAACCUUCAACUUUAGGAUGCCGGUCACAGAAUUUGAAGGAAUCUUCAGUAAAAAUAGAUAAUGAAAGCUGUUGUACAAGAAGCAACAAUAAAAUCCAGAAUGCCCCAUCCCGGAAGUCGGUUUUGACAGACCCAGCCAAAGUCAAGAAGCUGCAGCAGAGUGGUGAAGCCUUUGUACAGGAUGACUCCUGUGUGAACAUUGUUGCACAACUGCCUAAGUGCCGGGAGUGUCGCUUGGACAGUCUCCGCAAGGAUAAGGAGCAGCAGAAAGACUCACCUGUGUUUUGUCGCUUCUUUCACUUCAGGAGGUUACAAUUCAACAAACAUGGUGUGUUGCGGGUAGAAGGCUUCUUAACACCAAACAAGUAUGACAGUGAAGCAAUUGGCUUGUGGUUGCCUUUAACCAAAAAUGUUGUGGGGACUGAUUUGGACACUGCAAAAUAUAUCCUGGCCAACAUUGGAGACCACUUCUGUCAAAUGGUGAUUUCUGAGAAGGAAGCUAUGUCAACUAUUGAGCCACACAGACAGGUUGCUUGGAAGCGAGCUGUCAAAGGUGUCCGGGAAAUGUGUGAUGUGUGUGACACCACCAUCUUCAACCUGCAUUGGGUGUGUCCUCGGUGUGGGUUUGGAGUGUGUGUGGAUUGCUACCGGAUGAAGAGGAAGAAUUGCCAACAAGGUGCUGCCUACAAGACUUUCUCUUGGCUAAGAUGUGUGAAGAGUCAGAUACAUGAACCAGAGAACCUGAUGCCUACACAGAUUAUUCCUGGAAAAGCCCUCUAUGAUGUUGGAGACAUUGUUCAUUCAGUGAGAGCAAAAUGGGGAAUAAAAGCAAAUUGUCCCUGUUCAAACAGGCAAUUCAAACUCUUUUCAAAGCCAGCCUCAAAGGAAGACAUAAAACAGACUUCCUUUGCUGGAGAAAAACCUACUAUCGGUGCCGUGCUCCAGCAGAGUGCCUUGGUGUCGGAGCCGGUGCCUGUAGCUGGGGAAGCUGCUUCCAAGCCAGUCAGCAGCGUGAAGCCUGCCUGUCCGGCCAGCACAUCGCCUCUAAACUGGCUGGCAGACCUGACCAGCGGCAAUGUCAACAAGGAGAACAAGGAAAAACAGCCAACAAUGCCAGUUCUAAAGAAUGAAAUCAAAUGCCUUCCACCCCUACCCCCUUUGAGCAAAUCCAGCACAGUCCUCCACACCUUUAACAACACAAUUUUAACACCUGUAAGCAACAACAAUUCUGGUUUCCUCCGAAAUCUCUUGAAUUCCUCUUCUGGCAAGACAGAAAAUGGACUCAAGAAUACACCAAAAAUCCUCGAUGACAUCUUUGCCUCCUUGGUGCAAAAUAAGACUUCCUCUGAUUUAUCUAAGAGGCCUCAAGGACUGACAAUUAAGCCCAGCAUUCUGGGCUUUGACACUCCUCACUAUUGGCUGUGUGAUAAUCGCCUGCUGUGCCUCCAGGAUCCCAACAACAAGAGCAACUGGAAUGUGUUCAGGGAGUGCUGGAAACAAGGACAGCCAGUGAUGGUAUCGGGCGUGCAUCAUAAAUUGAACUCUGACCUUUGGAAACCUGAAUCCUUCAGGAAGGAGUUUGGGAAUCAGGAAGUAGACCUAGUUAACUGUAGGACCAAUGAAAUCAUCACAGGAGCCACAGUAGGAGACUUCUGGGAUGGAUUUGAAGAUGUUCCAAACCGCUUGAAAAAUGAAAAAGAACCAAUGGUGUUGAAACUUAAGGACUGGCCACCAGGAGAAGACUUUAGAGACAUGAUGCCUUCUAGGUUUGAUGAUCUAAUGGCCAACAUUCCAUUGCCUGAGUACACAAGGAGAGACGGCAAACUAAACUUGGCCUCCAGGCUGCCAAACUACUUUGUUAGGCCAGAUCUUGGUCCCAAGAUGUAUAAUGCUUAUGGAUUGAUUACUCCUGAAGACAGGAAGUACGGAACAACAAAUCUUCACUUAGAUGUAUCUGAUGCAGCUAAUGUCAUGGUGUAUGUGGGAAUUCCCAAAGGACAGUGUGACCAAGAAGAAGAAGUCCUUAAAACCAUCCAAGACGGAGAUUCUGAUGAACUCACAAUAAAGCGGUUUAUUGAGGGAAAAGAGAAGCCAGGAGCCCUCUGGCACAUAUAUGCUGCGAAGGACACGGAGAAAAUACGAGAAUUCCUUAAAAAGGUUUCAGAAGAGCAAGGUCAAGAAAACCCAGCAGACCAUGAUCCGAUUCAUGAUCAGAGCUGGUAUUUAGACCGAUCACUAAGAAAGCGUCUUCAUCAAGAGUAUGGAGUUCAAGGCUGGGCUAUUGUACAGUUUCUUGGGGAUGUGGUAUUUAUCCCAGCAGGAGCUCCACAUCAGGUUCAUAACUUAUAUAGCUGUAUCAAAGUGGCCGAAGAUUUUGUUUCUCCAGAGCAUGUUAAACACUGUUUCUGGCUUACUCAGGAAUUCCGUUAUCUGUCACAGACUCAUACUAAUCAUGAAGAUAAAUUACAGGUGAAGAAUGUCAUCUACCAUGCAGUGAAAGAUGCAGUUGCUAUGCUGAAAGCCAGCGAAUCCAGUUUCGGCAAACCGUAGGGGUCCAGGAGCCGCCUUUACCCCUGUACAUUGGACGUGAAAUUACUGGCAGCUGUUCAAAUUCUUCAGGCAGGAUUCCUGUGGACUUUGAGAUUCAUGUUACCUCAUCUUCUUUUUUAAACUGUACCCAACUGGUAAGGGUACUCUGUCUAAUGUAUAUUUCUAGUGUUUACACACACUAAAUGUGUAUAUGAAGGAACUAUUUACAGAACAUGCAUCCUUAAACUGUGACUUUUCACCUAGUGCAGACCUUCUACCAUGCUGUAAAAACCAAACCUCUUAUCAGCUCUGGAACAAUACCUGCAGUUUUUCCCAGCUGUUUGGUUGGACAACUUAGUCAAAUGGAUUUAACUAUUAGGAGUCACUGCACAGUUUAUUUGGUUGUAUUUUGUUUUGUGUCUGUCUGAGUAUCCUCUCCCCUACCCCUUAGGGUUCAGAUGAGCGAUGGAGGAAAUGACAGCUAACGAUGCAGUUCCUACUGUAUUGCAUUAGGACUGGCAUUAUAUAGCAGAAAUCAACUACUGUACAAUUCUUGGGUUUAACCAUCUUUUAGUUAAAUGGAGUUUUAAUUUAAAUGAAGCUUUGCUAAUUUUAAGUGUUAAGCAUUUUGCAUUAAAGUAUUCAUAUAAUA